CGAGACCCAUUGUCUGCGAUCCUAUUCACUAUUGUCUUCUUCAAUCAGUGAUUUAUGUAACUAGCGAAUAAAAUCAAGGAUGAGUUGGUAUUAUUUGAAUUAGAGGGCAUAGAGGUUUGGUUGUCGGCCGAGAGAAGAAAACGGAUAUGGGUGAAUCUCAGUCAAAGCCCAGAAUGCUUCACCAGGAUCGACCUGCAAACUCCAACUACGGAGGUCAGGGGGGCGGAGUUGGAGGUGGUAGUUCCUCCUCUCUGCGUCUUCUUAGCAACUGCCAGCAGCAAACUAACAGGAAAUGUGAGAAGGAUGGCAACUUCAACUUCCUGGGUCGAGAGGAUGAGGUCCUGACGGGAGACGAGAACCGCAACCAGGUUCGACCCCGGAGCCUCGGACCGCUGGGCCGGGACCCGCCCCUGCCUCCCCCCACCAUCCACUACCAUGGGCCAGGCCUGUUAUCGCCCCUCUCCCGCCUGCCCUGUUGGAGCCCCCUGGAGCCCCUGCCCGAGAUCGAGAGUGGGGACGACGGCUACGGGAGGGUGCCCCCGGAUGGCGCCGAGGAGGGCAAGAUGGAGGAGGAGACAGGAAGAAUGAGUGAUGAUGACAAGGACAGAGAGCCACGGGCCAUCCAGGGAGGAAAGAAAGAGGGAGUGGAGCUGGAGGGGGAGGAGGGAGGGGAGGGGGAGGAGAGAGUGGUGGAGGAGGAGGACGGGGAGGAGUGGGGAGACAGUGGCUCAGAGUUCGAGUUCAGCUACAGGUCCAGCGGCAGCCUGUCCUCCCUGAACAUGGAGAGUGGCGGCGAGGGGGCUCUGAUGGGGGGGUGGGACCGCAUCGGUGUGGGAGAACCCCGUUCUGACCUCCAGGGGACAGAUGGCCCCCCAGGCACCGCCGACCCUCUUUCCGACCCCACCAAGAAAUGGGAGAAAGAUGCAGAGGGGAGGAAGUGGGGCAGGAAGACCCUGGCGGCCUCGGCGAUGGGGUCAAGCCUCCCUGAUGACGAAGAAGAAGAAGAAGAAGAGGAGGAGAGGGGGGGGCACUCCUCGGAUUCAGACACGGACCCGUGCGGGGAGCUUCCGGAGCUGCUGGACGCUGUCUGGACCCUGAGGGACCGCGAGCGCUUCAAGGCCCAGGAGAUGGAGAAGCACCAGGUUCAGCUGACCAUGUACCGGCGCCUGGCACUGAUCCGCUGGGUCCGCACCCUCCAAGGGCGUGUCCAGGAGCAGCAGAACCGCCUGCAGUCCAGCUUCGACGUCAUCCUCACCCAUAGGAAGGAACUGCUGCGCAUGGGCGCCUCUGCCGCAGCAAACACCACUGCGAGCCAAUCUUAGAGAGACAUAACCAGGAAGUGGUCUACAGAAGCCAGCCUAUGGCUGCAGAGAGAUAACAAGGCAAAGGUCUGAUUGGAUAUGAUCCUACCUUGUUGUGUCCCAGACUUUCCUGAUUAUAAGACAAUCUCCAAGCAUCCUCUGAGGUUGAACUCAGAUGUGGCGCAAUGUUAUAAUGUAUCCUUGUACCUAACCAUACCAAGUAAAGUGUUGAAAUGUUUUUUCAAGGCUAUAGGUAAAGGAGACAAUUGUAUAUUUCUGUAUUGCUGACCUACCCAAUGCUUGUCCAAAUAGAUCCCAAAAAUUUUCUUGAGAGCAAGCUGUAGUCACCUUAUAAGACAGAGUAUUCAAAUGUUAAAGAGUUAUAUCGAAAGUAUAAUACUUUUUUAUAUAAGGUUCUAUAGAAAGCCAUGUAUAUUGAUUAUGUGAUCUAUAACGGCCAUAUCCUAUGUCAAUCCAUUUGUCUUGUGAUGAGAAAAACUGAAUACAACAUAACAUGUUUGUGAACAAAAAUAUCUGUACAUGUAUGAAAAUAAGUAAUAAGAAAUACAAAGGAGGUGAUUUAUAUCUUGGAAUUAAAUUGUAAAUGUAAAUCAUAUCAAGUUAAAUUAAAUAAAAAAGACUGGCUGA